CAGAAUAUCUCUCUCAGACUGAAGAGCAGGCGGACCAACUUUCCAAAUAGGGGAGAAGCACUAAAAACCCAAUAGUUGUUCUUUCGAGGAAAAUAAUGCAAAAAAGGUCAGUCUGAAGACCUCUCGUAUUGCCAACCUUCCUACAAUGGCAGUACAUAUGUUUUUAUGAAUUCUACGACACAUAAUGAAAGGAAACGUAUCACACCCUUUAGUGAAGUGAAUGGUUUCACCCACUACUCUGCCAGAGAACCGCGGUGUUCUAUGAUAUUACAUUGUGCGCAGGCGAGUGAGGUUGAUGGAAACUCUACUUUUUCACAAGGCUAAGGAUCAAAGUCCAAACCAAACAUUAAUUUGUUGCUUUUUCAUGAAAUCCACCGGACAACAGUGACUACGAUGGCGACUUCACAAUUGGGAAAGCAUGAACCAAGUUCAGGGGGACAACAAAAGACAAAAAGAAACAGCAUUGCCCCCCCUAUAGAAUUUUCCGAGCUGAGGAUUGUCAUAGUGGGGAAGACAGGAGCAGGGAAGAGUGCAUCAGGAAACACCAUCCUGGGAAGUACAGAGUUCGAAGUAGAUUGUGCUGCCCAGUCUGUUACCAAACAAUGUGAUAGGAGCAGUGAGACAGAGAUGGGCAUCACAGUCAUCGACACCCCAGGUCUGUUUGACACACAACUCCCAGAGUCUUCAGUGAGGACCCAACUGGUGGAGUGCAUCGCCCUCUCCUCUCCUGGACCCCAUGUCUUCCUGCUUGUUGUCCAAAUUGGUCGUUUUACAGAGGAACAGCAGAAUGCUGUUAAGAGGAUCCAGGACAUAUUUGGAGAGGCAGCAGUGAGACACACCAUGGUUCUGUUCACCUGUGGAGAUAAAUUAAAAAAGAAGAGCAUUGAGGAGUUCAUCCAAGAGGCUGAUGCAAGACUAAAGCAGCUCAUUGAGACAUGUGGAAACCGAUACCACGUCUUCAACAAUGAGAACACAUACGACCGUGAGCAAGUAAAGCUGCUGAUGGACAAAGUUACAGCCAUGGUGAAGGAGAAUGAAGGGAGGUGUUACACCAAUGACAUGUACCACCAAGUGGAGAAAGCCAUACAGAGGAGAGAGGAAGAACUGAAACAGGGGUAUGAAAAAGAGCUGAAAGAGAAGGAAGACCUGGAGUCAGAAUUAGAGCGAGCAAUGAAGGCACUGGAUCUGAAAGACUCUGAUAUACAAGAAAAGCAGAAACAGAUAGAUGACCUGCAGGCACAAGUGAAACGGAUAAAAGAGGACAAAGACUUGCUAAAAAAGAAGAAACAGACAGUCAGAGAAAAGGCAGAAAAAGACUUUGACAAGAAAAAUAUUGUUGUUAAAUUCGCUAAAAAAUCUGCUGAACGCUGUACCACACACUGAUGUUCUGCACAAACAUGUUGUAAAAGAGCAGAGCAGUGGCAGAGACUGUUGGCAUGGUGUCAUUAUGAAGUUAAUGCUUGACUUCAUAACUAUCACUGCUUGGUGUGGGCAGCCAUGUUAGGCUUGGACAGCCAUGUUAGGCUUGGGCAGCCAUGUUAGGCUUGGACAGCCAUGUUAGGCUUGGGCAGCCAUGUUAGGCUUGGGCAGCCAUGUUAGGCUUGGACAGCCAUGUUAGGCUUGGGCAGCCAUGUUAGGCUUGGGCAGCCAUGUUAGCCUUAGACAGCCAUUUUACUGUAAGUGAUUAUACAUGGACUCUGCAAAUACAACAGCAGCCAGAAUUUGAGCACUUAUGUUGCACAUUAACCCAGUUCAAACACCUGUAUUAUCAGCCAGACAAAGACAAUGAUACAAAUAAUGCUUGUGUUGAUGGCUUUUUGCAUAAUGCUUGCUUACAUAAUGCAAUAUUAAUCUCAUGCUAAUGUAUAUUAUAUUCUAUGAUGAAUAUAUUUUCAUAGAAUGCUAGAGGAGUUUGUUAACCAUAUGAACUUAGUAUGUAUUUUGCUUUAUUCAAAUGAGUUGUUUAAUAGAAUGACUGUUCAUGUCAUCUUUGAUCUUCAUGGUACAAUGACUUUAGAAUGUAAAGUUUGGACUUCACAUUGCAGUAAAGUGUAUCUUUAAUUAACCUU